AUGUCAAGCCAACGUCGUACGACCCAACAAAGUCCAAGUCCCCUGUCUCCUUUCCAAGAUGAUCAAAUCUUGACCGACAGCCAGUGGACUACAUUGGCGUCAAUCGUUGAUACUAUCAUAUCCCCAGAGACACAGACUAGUGGGGAAAAUCCCAAGAAGACUCAACUCAAAGCUGCCGUUGAUACUAUCAAGCACAACACGAAUGUUACAGAUGAGGCCUUGUUAUCUGAGUAUUUGGCAGAGUCGGCAACUUCAUGUCCCGAGUUUAGAGAGGCCAUCCACAGGCUGCUCGCAGAGCAGAUUCAUACACAAGGAAGAAAGGAACUUCUCAGUGUCCUUGAUGCUUUGACUAAUGCUCGUACUUCCUGGCUCUUGACUGGUCAUUUGACACCAUUCGCACAACUCUCCCUACGCCAGCGAGAAAAGGUUAUACAAUCAUGGGCCACAGCACGUUUGCAAAUCUUCAGAGUGCUCUUUAGGACGUUUAACGACAUGACAAAGGCGUACUGGACGCGCACAUCCCCUACGCUUGGCCGCGUCUUAUCUUACCCAUACACCCCUAUCAAUCAUAGUUAUGGGAAAGGUUUCGACUUCCCCUUCGUGGUGUUUCCGCCACUCCCUCAGGGGUCUACGCUUGUCCCAGCGACCUUCGAGACGGAUGUUCUCAUUAUCGGAAGUGGUUGCACUGGAGCAGUUGCCGCUUCUGUCAUAGCACGUUCUGGGCUUGAAGUUCUAGUAGCCGAGAAAGGUUAUCAUUGGAAGCCAAACCACCUUCCCAUGUCGGAAAAAAACGGAAUGGUACACCUUUUUGCUAAUGGAGGCGUGACACUGUCAGAUACUGGUAAGAUGGGAAUCCUAGCUGGCUCAUGCUUUGGCGGAGGUGGUACUGUGAACUGGUCUGCGUCGCUCCAGCUCCAGCCGUUCGUCAGACAAGAAUUCGCAAAGAAACACAACCUGCCAUAUUUCGAGAGUUCUGCGUUCCAACAUGACAUGGAUGCAGUCUGCGAAACCAUGGGUGUUGGGACCCAAGCUAUCAAACACAACCCUGGAAACCAGAUGCUUCUGGAUGGUGCAAAGAAGCUCGGCAUGAAAGCGAAGCCCGUGCCUCAGAACACCGGAGGUGAAGCUCAUCAAUGUGGUUAUUGUACACUUGGCUGUGGAAGCUGCGGCAAGAAAGGACCGACAGAGAGCUGGCUUCCUGACGCUGCUCGACAUGGCGCUAAAUUUGUUGAAGGCUUCCAGUGUGAGAAAGUGAUAUUUGCUGCGGAUAAAACACAAGACGGAAAGCAAAUUGCCAUCGGUGCUCAAGGUGUUUGGACUUCUCGAGACGAGUCUGGCGGCGUGUCUGGGAAGGUGUAUAGGCGUCCGGUCACGAUCUACGCCAGGCGUGCCGUGGUCGUGGCUGCCGGAGCGCUUGGAGGCACCGCGCUGCUCCUCGAGAGAAGCGGCAUUCAGAAUCCCCAUCUCGGCAAGCACUUGAAAUUGCAUCCUGUCAACACUUUAUUCGGCGUCUUCGAUAGAGACAUUAUGCCGUGGGAAGGUGGUAUCUUGACCUCGGUUGUCACUGAAUACGAAAAUAUCAACUCAACAGGCUAUGGCUGCAAAUUGGAAUGCGUCACUAUGCUUCCUAGCAUGGUUCUACCAUUGAUGCAGUGGAAAUCAGGUUUGGAAUGGAAGGUACAUGCUGCCAAGUUCAAGCGUAUGGCAGGGUGGAUAUCACUCGCUCGAGACGAAGGCGAAGGUGAAGUCUAUGCUGACCCAGUCGACAAAUACAGAGUCAGAGUCAAGUACGACACAUCAAAGUCUGAUCAGAAGAACAUUGCAGUCGGCCUUGUCGCAUUGGCAAAGAUCGCGUUCGUCGAAGGGGCACGCGAGAUUCAUGUCGGUGCUGCAGGCGUACCUCCAUUCAUUCGUCGCCAAUCUGUCAGAACGUCCUCAUCGGCGAUCUAUGCCAGCCAGACCGGGGGAAAUGCUGGAGACACGGCAAGCAUAAACGACCCGGAGUUUUUGCAAUGGCUGUCGCGUCUAGAACUGCUUGCCGUCAACGGACUUCCUGGAGAUGCUGGGCAGGUGUCAGCUCAUCAAAUGGGCACUGCGAGAAUGGGUUCCUCGCCCACGAACAGUGUCGUGAACUCCCGGGGUGCUGUGUGGAAUACACAGUCACUGUUUGUAGCUGACACUUCUGUUUUCCCGGGAGCAAGUGGAGUGAACCCUAUGAUUACAGGAAUGGCAAUUGCAAGAGGUAUCGCUCGAGGCAUUGUCGAAGAUCUGGGUCUUCCUUCCACACAACAAGCACCAACAGCGAAGCUGUGA